UUAACGUUAUAUUGAAAUGAUUCUGAUAGCUCAGUCUUCGAUGUAUCCAAAUGUAUUUGUUUCUCACUCUUCGCAAUAAAUUGAUUUUAUGAUUUCUGUGCCGGCCGGUUUUACUUUUCUGAAAAAUAUAUUUGAUGAAAUGUAAAAAUAAUUAUUGUAAAAUGGUUGUUAAAUACUAAACAAAAUGUCAUUUACUAUUCUUUGCUCAUUUGUGUUAACAUUUUAUGUGGUUAUAUGGUUUUUUGACUCUUUUUUCAAGAGUUGUAUGCACUAUCCUUACUACGCUUUUCUGGAUGGAACUGGGUUAAAAAUUGGAAUAUUAAACUUUACAUGGACAACCACUGCAUUCAACAGAUUUAUCUACAGAUGGAGUAAAAAUCUUGCUCGAAUACUACGAAAAUGGUUUAACUGUGGAUAUAUUUUUACGAUCGGCUUAUUUCUACCGUUUGCCCUCUGGACACUUCUAUCAAUUAUUUUUGAGCAUUUUAAUGAUACAAUACAAAUAGAUAAUGUUCUUGAAGUAAAAGCUAUGUUACCUGGUGUUAAUAUACCUGCUUCAGACUUUUGGGUUUACUUUGUUGCAAUUGGAUGCAGUUCUAUAUUUCAUGAACUCGGUCAUGCAGCUGCUGCUUCACAGGAAGAUGUUCAGCUUGUUGCGGUUGGGGUGUAUGUGUUUGCAAUAAUACCUCUUGCCUUUGUCCAGUUAAACACUGAACAUCUAAAUAGCCUUGGUAUAACAAAAAGGCUGAAAAUAUACUGUGCUGGAGUCUGGCACAAUGUUACACUUGCAUUUUUAGCGCUGUUAUUAUUUUUCUCAGCCCCAAUUCUAUUUAGUAUUGCAUACCAGACUGAUAUUGGAGUAAGAGUUACAGAACUCACAGAUGAUUCUCCAUUAAAAGAUGCCAGAGGACUUCAAGUGGGAGAUGUUAUCACAUCCAUUAAUGAUUGUCAUGUUAAGAAUUCAAAAGAUUGGUCAUACUGCUUACAUGUAGCUCAUGAUCGGUUUGGCAUAUGUACAAGUGCUGAAUAUAUAGCACAGAAUGAUGAAAUAAUGAUGGAGACUAUCAAAGAAAAUGAUGUUGUUGAAUGCUGUCGUAAAAAUGAUUUGUAUAGUUUUUGCUUUGAAUAUAUGGAACCAAAAGCAGUUGUUGACUCAGUGUUACCAGGGCAAUAUUCUUGUUUAAAGCCCAGAGAUAUGGUUAGGAAUAAAUUAAUCAAAUGUACCGAGACAAAUGGUUAUACCUGCCCUAGAAAUAUGCACUGCUUAAAACCAUCACUGAAUAAUCAAACAUACCUCAUAAUUAUAGAAAGACAAGAUGAUAAUGCAGUUCUUUAUUUAGGAUUGCCUUAUGAUAUACAUAAAACAGUAUUUGUUGAUCAAUAUUUUCCGAGAUGUGCCAUUAUUUCAUUUUUCUCACCAUCUCAGUUUGAAAAGCUUUUGCGAUAUAUUUUUAUAUUUUCUAUGGGUAUAGGAUUUUUGAAUGUUCUGCCUUGUUAUGGUACUGAUGGACAUCACAUUGCAAGAAGUAUCAUUCAGUUGUUAGCGAAAUACUUAAAUAAAAAUGGCGAUUUCAUAACAUUCUUUACUAUAUUGACUAUAUUUGUAGGUACGGGCCUAACUGUGCCAAUAUUAUUGUAUUUAUUUUAUAAAGCAAUAUUUGUGGAUAAUUAUUAAACAUAUAAUUCUCAAAUAAUGUUAUUAGUAAACUAAAAGUUUUAAUAGCAUCCAUGUUAUAGUACUUAGGUGUCCAGAAUUUAGUCAAAAUGGUAUGUAAUCAUUAUUCAUAGAAUUUGUAUAAAAUGAAAUACAAAAUACAUGAUCAUGAUCAAUAUAUGAUCUAGUUUUAAUAAUGAAAUGUUUUGUUAUAUUAUAUUUAAAUUAUGUUAAUAUUUAUAUGUAA